AUGGAGAGACACAAUUGCAAGCUCUGUUCUAGAAGUUUCUCUAAUGGUAGAGCUUUGGGUGGUCACGAGGAGAUAAAUUCUAAUAGGGUAGUGCUCGUUCCAAUCAAAGAGAUGACUGAUGUUCUUUUACCGAACAAACAGCCGGUUUUUGAUGGGCUUGAGAAAUUCCGGCAACUUGGUGAGAGUGGAGAUGGAGAUAUGGGUAGUCGAUCCACUUUAUUUGCGAACAGGAAGAAGAAUCAUUUUACGAAAGGUGAUCUAGUUAUUGAUGUCAAGGAUGCUCGGAAGCAUCAAGCAGCAAAGAAAAUCAAGGGAGACACUGUUCAUAUUAGACAGACGGAAAGGGGUUAUCUAAAAUCUUUUGCUGUAAGAGAUAAAGAAUUUUUCAAGUGUUUUAACCAUGGAAAACAUGUUAAGCUGGCCUCUGGUGCAACAGAAAGCUCUGAGAAAUCUUUUGCUGUAAGAGAUAAAGAAGUAUUCAAGUGUUUUAACCAUGGAAAACAUGUUAAGCUGGCCUCUGGUGCAACAGAGAGCUCUGAGUGUGGUGAUUCACUGGCUUCCACUUCUACGAGAACUCCACGCCGUGUUUCCAAAAUUUGGCAACCUGGUGAGAGUGGAGAUGGAGAUAUGGGUAGUCGUUCCACUUUAUUCGCGAACAGGAAGAAGGAUCAUUUUACGGAAGGUGAUCCUAAGAAUUCUUAUGCGUCUUAUCUUGCUACUUAUAAUGCAGAUUUCAUAGUGGAUGAUGGAACUGAACUUCGAGAUGAAGGUGAUUCUAGAAGGACGCAGCAUUACUCUUUGCUGCCUAAUGAACAUGAAGAUAUUGAAGCCCUCAAUGCUAUGUCAAGUCAUACAGAAUGUGAUGAGGAAGCCAUGGAUGUACAAAAGCAAGAUCUUUUGCCAUCCGUUAGGGAUCCAAAGCUAUGGCUCAUGAAGUGUACGACUGGUCAUGAGCGGUAGGUAGCUGCUGCUUUAAUGCGGAAGUAUAUUAAUAGAGGAUCGGAAUUUGCAAAUUAGGUCCGCUAUAGCCCUUGAUUAUCUCAAAGGCUAUAUAUACAUUGAAGUAGACAAAGAAGCCUAUGUGAAGGAGGCACGCAGGUGAUAAAUUAUAAUGGGGUAGUGCUCGUUCCAAUCAAAGAGAUGACUUAUGUUCUUUUACCGAACAAACAGCCGGUUUUUGAUGGGCUUGAGAAAUUCCGGCAACCUGGUGAGAGUGGAGAUGGAGAUAUGGGUAGUCGAUCCACUUUAUUCGUGAACAGGAAGAAGGAUCAUUUUAUGAAAGGUGAUCUAGUUAUUGCUGUCAAGGAUAUGCUCGGAAGGAUAUAAAGGGUUCGGUUGAGAAAAUCAACGGAGACACUGUUCAUAUUAGACCGACGGAAAGGGGC